AUGUCGAGUCCACUGCACAAUCUCUUCGACAUUCACUACAAGCCCGACGUCGCCACUCCAGCACCGACAUACCAAAAGAGUACCAAAGAGGCGCCACAAAGUCUUCGAGAUGUUGGUAUUUUACCAGACAUCGAACUUGACCAUUUCGCCACUGGUAAAGGUCAACAAACUCCAGGCCAGGAGACCCCAACUGGAGCGCAAACACCGAAGUCACCCAAUGAGCUGGAAAUGAGCAGACCACCAACGCCUCGAAGAGACGACACCGUUGGUCUGAUGAGGACAUGGAAUAACGACCCUAUGACCAAGUGGAGAAUCUUGUGUUGCUGCGUGAUCUACUUUGCCAAUGGGAUGAACGAUUCGGUCGUCGGAGCUUUGAUCCCAUACAUGGAGUCGUGGUAUCACAUCUCAUACUCAAUUAUGUCUCUCGUCUUCGUCGGAAAUGCUAUUGGCUUCAUCAUCGCGGCGUUCUUCACGGACACGAUUCUCAGCAAGAUUGGGAGGGCAAAGACGCUGGUGCUUGGAGAUAUGAUUCAGCUUUGCGCGUAUAUCAUCCUCGUCUGCACACCACCAUACCCGCUAGUGGUCGCAUCAUUCUUCCUGCUCGGCUAUGGCGCAGCAAUGAACCUCGCCCUUAACAACGUCUACUGCGCCAACACACAUCCUUCAAGCGUCAUUCUUGGUAUGGCUCACGGAUCCUAUGGCAUAGGAGGAAUUGUCGCACCUAUAGCCGGUACUGCACUCGUCUCAAAUGGCAUCCUCUGGUCACGUUUCUACUUCCUUGCUGUGGGCCUGCGGAUCUGCUGCAUUGGCUUCGCGGCGUGGGCGUUCUGGUCAUACAAAGAGGAGACAGACUCGCCUCUCAUGGCUACGCUCGAGGCUACGCCUAGCAGACAGACCGCCACCGAAGACGCAGCGAAUAAGUUCAAAGAGCUGAAGCUUGCGUUGAAGAGCAAGACUACGAUUUUCGGCGCGCUGUUUAUCUUUGCGUAUCAAGGCGCCGAGGUCUCCAUUUCGGGAUGGAUCAUUUCGUACCUCAUCAAUUAUCGAGAUGGAGACCCAAAGAAGGUCGGAUACGUUACUGCUGGGUUCUGGGGCGGCAUCACACUCGGCCGCUUCGUCCUCACACACGCCGCCCCCAGAAUUGGCGAGAAGAAAUACGUCGUCAUGCUCACCAUCGGCACAUUUGCACUCCAACUCCUCGCCUGGCUCGUCCCCAACGUCAUCGGAAACGCCGUCGCUGUCUGUCUGUUGGGUCUCUUACUCGGACCCGUGUAUCCUUGCGCACAAACCAUCUUCUCGCGCACUUUACCGCGCAAUCUGCAGAAUACUGCGAUUGGCUUCAUUGGCGGCGCGGGCAGUUCUGGAGGCGCGGGUUGCACCGUUCACGACAGGUAUUCUUGCGCAGGCUACGGGGACCUGGGUGCUUCAUCCGGUUUGUCUGGGGAUGUAUGGGGUAAUGAUGGCGUGUUGGUUUGCGCUGCCUAG